AUGCGCCAAAUCCUGCAGGCAGAGAACGGGCAAGGCUUAGUGCCGUGGGGGUUGUCCAACACCGGCACCGCGAGAUUUAGCAACAGUCACAUCACCUUUGGCGCCAUGGGCGAUUCUUACUAUGAAUACCUGCUGAAGUUGUAUAUCCAGUCGGACAAGACUGAACCUGAGUGGAAGGAAGCAUGGAAGAGAGCGAUGAACAAAGCGUUCCAGCGCUUGAUUUUCACCACUAAAGGUGGUUUGACUUACAUCGCCGAAGAGAAAAACGGUGGUAUGCUCAUCUAUGGCGCGCGGGAGUUGAAGCCAGAGGAGGUUGACUCGCGCUGGGAGAAGACUGCCGCGGGCAUCACGGAGACCUGCUAUGAGAUGUACAAGCGCCAGCCGACCCAUUUGGCCCCGGAAGCGACGCGCUUCAAUCCCCAGGGAGCACAGGGUUCAGAUAUGAGUACCUGGAACAAUGCUGGGCAGUAUUUGCUACGGCCAGAGGCUGCGGAGUCCAUUUUCUACAUGUUCUACUACACUGGCGAUCCAAAGUAUCGACGCUGGGCAGGAGAACUGCAUGUUCCUAAUCUGAUUGCGUUGCUUUGGCAAUACUUCACCCAGUGGGCCAACCAAGCAACAGUUGUUGAUACUUCCCAUGCUUUAUGA